AUGAUCAAAAUACCAAGAAGUGAAGCGUCUCUUUGGUUUAAUAACUUUAUAAAAUUCCAAGAAAAGUUCCCUCGGCACUGGCAAAAAUCAAUCAAACGAUUCACGAUUUCACUGCAGAUUAUGGUUGCUCUGAUGUUGUCUAGUAUCCGACAUAGCGACUGGCUGAUUCCUUCAUCACAACUAUCUUGGCGAUUUCUUUUGUUCUUCAUCAAUCAUCACGUUAUGAAGAAGGCAAAGCUUGAUUCAACAACAGAACAUGUUGUAGUUGUGGCUCCACAUGAUGUUAACCUCAAAGAAGAUGACAUUAAUGUGGUUGAUGUAGAUGUUAAAAUAGAAGGUGAAGAAGUUCAUGUCAAAUCAGAAAGAGAACGAUGGUCGAAGGUAUGGAGGUUUUUUGAAAGACUUUCAAUUGGUAAUGAUGGGAAGGAAAGGGAAAAAUGUGCUCUUCGUAGUAAUGGAAAUUAUUUUCAUAUUCGGUGUUGUGCUCAUGUGCUAAAUUUGGUUGUGCAAGAUGGUUUGAAAGCUAUUGUUGAAGGGAUCGUUAAAAUACGAGAGUCUAUCAAGUAUGUGAAGGGUUCUCAAGCAAGGAGAAAGAAAUUUAUCGAUUGUGUGAAAUAUGUUAAUAUGAAUCCAAAAACAGGUUUGCGUCAAGAUGUUCCUACCCAAUGGAAUGCCACUUAUCUUAUGAUUGAAAGUGCUUUAUUUUAUCGACGUGCUUUCUUUCAUUUAGCACUUAGUGACUCUAAUUAUUUGGAUUGCCCAAGUCAUGAUGAAUGGGGUAAAUUAGAAAAGAUUUUUAGAUUCUUGGAGUACGUUGAGUUCAUUUAUAAAAAACUAUACGGAAGCGAAUCUUGUUAUCACAUUGAUCGUGUAAGGGAGAUAUUAUUUGAUCUCUUUAAAGAGUAUGUUCUUGAUUCACACGUGUCUUGUAAAACUUCAACAGUAUCAAGGGGUGAUUCAAGAAAGGUUGUGCAUGAAAAGAAGAGUGACACGGUGUUUAGUAAAAGCACGAGAGACAUGCUAAAGAAGUUCACAACUUACGAGAGUACAGAAUUUGCUUUGUCUCAAAAGUCACAGUUGGAGAUCUACGAAUCUGCCUUUAGUAAUGGUGGUCGUGUUCUUAAUCAAUAUCGAAGUUCUUUGAAGCAUGACAUUGUUGAGGCUAUAAUUUGUACCAAAGAUUGGUUGUUUGCAACUAAAGAAGAACUUAUCGAUGAUGUCAUGCAAAUGGAUAACAAGGAUAUACAAGUUGAGGACGUUUAG